AUGACGCCAGUAGUUAACCUGACCAUAGACACCAGCGUACCCAUGACGCCAGUAGUUAACCUGACCAUAGACACCAGCGUACCCAUACCACCAUUAAUUUACCUGACCAUAGACACCAGCGUACCCAUGACGCCAGUAGUUAUCCUGUCCAUAGACACCAGCGUACCCAUGACGCCAGGAGUUAACCUGUCCAUAGACACCAGCGUACCCAUGACGCCAGGAGUUAACCUGUCCAUAGACACCAGCGUACCCAUGCCGCCAGUAGUUAACCUGACCAUUGACACCAGCGUACCCAUGACGCCAGUAGUUAACCUGUCCAUAGACGCCAGCGUACCCAUGACACCAGGAGUUUACCUGACCAUAGACACCAGCGUACCAAUGACGCCAGUAGUUAACCUGUCCAUAGACACCAGCGUACCCAUGCCGCCAGUUGUUAACCUGACCAUUGACACCAGCGUACCAAUGACGCCAGGAGUUAACCUGACCAUAGACACCAGCGUACCCAUGACACCAGUAGUUAACCUGACCAUUGACAACAGCGUACCCAUAACGCCAGUAGUUAACCUGAGCAUUGGCACCAGCGUACCCAUGACGCCAGUAGUUAACCUGACCAUAGAUACCAGCGUACCCAUGCCGCCAGGAGUUAACCUGACCAUAGACACCAGCGUACCAAUGGCGCCAGGAGUUAACCUGACCAUUGACACCAGCGUACCCAUGACGCCAGUAGUUAACCUGACCAUUGACAACAGCGUACCCAUAACGCCAGUAGUUAACCUGACCAUUGGCACCAGCGUACCCAUGACGCCAGUAGUUAACCUGACCAUAGAUACCAGCGUACCCAUGCCGCCAGGAGUUAACCUGACCAUAGACACCAGUGUAUCCAUCCACUGGUUAACCUGA